CUCCGGUGACGGCAAAAACUCCCCAACGCAUGCCAUUCUCAAAUCAUCAUGUAGUGUCAGUUGGUAUCCAGACCUUUGCUACUCGGCAAUCGCCACCGUCCCCGGCGCCACGGACAAAUUAACGAGCCAGAAGGACGUGAUCGAAAUGUCUCUGAACAUCACAACCACCGCCGUCGAACAUAACUACUUCACCAUAAAGAAACUCAUUGCCACCAAGAAGAAAAGUUUAACGAAACGAGAGAAAACAGCUCUACACGACUGUCUAGAGAUGGUGGACGAGACAUUGGAUGAGCUACUCAAGACACGCAAAGAUCUAAGGCAGUACAGAAACGUGAAGAAAACGAUAUUCCAACACGCCGGUGACCUUAAGACACUUGUGAGUGCUGCAAUGACGAAUCAGGAGUCGUGUUUGGAUGGGUUCUCACACGAUGGAGCGGAUAAGGAGGUGAGAUCAAUGCUGGAGGCAGGUCAGGUUCACGUUUAUAAGAUGUGUAGUAACGCAUUAGCCAUGAUCAAGAACAUGACCGACACACACAUGGCUGAGGAGAGGAAGGAGAGGCGGUUGAUGAUGGAUGAUGGCAUUGAAACCAACGAGACAGGGAGUGAGUUUCCGGAGUGGUUGUCGGCGAGUGACCGGAGACUGCUUCAGGCAACGACGGUGACGGCGGAUGUGACGGUAGCGGCGGACGGGAGUGGGAAUUUUAAGACGGUGGCGGCUGCGGUGGCGGCGGCGCCGGAGAAGAGUAGUAAGAGGUAUGUGAUAAAGAUAAAAGCAGGUGUGUAUAGAGAGAAUGUGGAGGUGCCAAAGAAGAAGACAAACAUAAUGUUUGUGGGAGAUGGGAAGAAGAACACCAUCAUCACUGCUAGUAGGAAUGUGGUUGAUGGUAGCACCACCUUCCACUCUGCUACUGUUGCUGUGGUUGGGGAGCGGUUCUUGGCUCGGGAUAUUACGUUCCAAAACACAGCCGGACCAUCCAAGCACCAGGCCGUGGCACUUCGGGUCGGGUCAGACCUAUCGGCCUUCUACCGAUGCGAUAUGCUGGCAUACCAAGACACUCUCUACGUUCACUCCCUUCGCCAAUUCUACGUGGAAUGCCUGAUUGCUGGCACCGUGGACUUCAUAUUCGGAAACGCCGCAGCCGUAUUCCAGAACUGUGAUAUCCAUGCCCGGAGACCCGGUUCGGGUCAAAAGAACAUGGUGACGGCCCAGGGUAGAGAUGACCCGAACCAGAACACCGGGAUUGUGAUCCAGAAAUGUAGGAUUGGUGCGACUUCGGAUCUGGAGGGAGUGAAGAGCCAGUUUCAGUCGUACCUGGGAAGGCCAUGGAAGGAAUACUCGAGGACCAUUGUGAUGCAAACCUCGAUAAGCGAUGUUAUCAAUCCGGUCGGGUGGCAUGAAUGGACCGGUAAUUUCGCACUGAAUACGUUAUUUUAUGGAGAGUAUCAGAACACGGGGGCUGGGGCAGGGACAGCAAAUAGAGUGAAGUGGAAGGGAUAUAAGGUGCUCACUAAUGCUGCUCAGGUUCAGGCCUUCACUGUUUCCAGGUUCAUUGAUGGUGAUUCUUGGUUGGGAUACACAGGAUUUCCUUUCUCUCUUGGUCUAUGAAUGAAUGAAUGA